AUGGGAGAUCAGCUUGAUGCCAAGAUUAAGGAAUUAAAAGAAAAAAUAGAACGCAAUGAACGGAUGCGUGACAAAGCAUAUCAACUUCGGCCGCUACUAACCGACAAGAACGCACUAUCUCAAUGUGAAAACGAAAUAAAGGAAUGUCAAAAGUCUAUAGACUAUUUCACUGAAGAACUAUUGAAAAUCGAAUCGCGCAAGGACUCUGAUACAACUGAGACAGAUACUUCAAGUCAUACCACUCAUCACACAUCCACUUCAAAUCCAUCAGUGGAGCAUCCGACAGUAAAGAAGUAUUCUACAUUGGACUUAUUGACUACCGAGACUUUGUACAACAAAUCCAAAGUCUCUCUCAAGCUGCAUGAGCUGGAAUAUAAACUUGAUGUAGAAAAUAAGGUGCUGGCAGGUAUUAAGACCAUGGCCGAUGUGAUGGACAGAGACCCAUCGCUAAGUGAUCGAAGAAGGCGGUUAGAGCUGCAGGGCCAAAUGUAUGAAAGUAUUGAAAAAUUGAACCUGUUGACAAAGGCAUUGAGAAAAUACAAGAGUCUCUACAUUGGUGAAAGAGAUGAGGAUGACGAUUAUGAAAUAGAAACAACGCCAGCUCGAAUGACACCUGGCUUAAGAAGACCCGUCACCGGAAAAUUACAACUUCAAAUUCUUCAGGCGAGAGGACUUGCACAUGCACCUACAAGAAUGUUUAAAGCACCAGAUACCAUAGUUUAUGUAAAGAUCGAUGGCAACGUCGUCUUUCGUUCUAAACUGUCUCGUCACGAUAAAUGGCUUGAUUUAUGCGAGACACAUGUCAACAAGGCAACUGAAGUGGAAGUGUCUAUUUAUGAUCAAGAGGCUGAGAGAAGUUUGCCUAUCGGUAUUUUCUGGCUCAAGAUCACAGAUAUUGCUGAAGGUCUGCGUAAAAAGAAAUUACAACAGGAGAGUGAUCCCAGAUGGGUGCCUGCUGAGGUCUAUCAAAAGCAAGCGGGCGCCGAACCAGAAGAACCAAAACCGGAUCAGCAGGAACCCAAGAGCGUAGAGUCAACGGAGGAUGGUAUCCAGGCAUGGUUUGACGUUGAACCUUCGGGCGAAAUACUGUUAAAGGUCAACUUUGUGCGUGAAGCAGCCAACCGUCGUCCGUUAGAUAAGCUUGGCCGUGCUGGUGCCGUCAGACAGAGAAAGGAAGAAGUACAUGAGAUGAAUGGUCAUCAGUUUGUCGAAAAGAAAUUUUACAACAUCAUGAAGUGUGCGCUCUGUGGUGAAUUCAUGGUGAACAGUGGAUACCAAUGCGAAGAUUGUGAAUAUAGCUGUCACAAGAAGUGUUAUACCAAGGUAGUUACCAAAUGUAUCUCAAAGGCCAAUAUCGACAAGGACUCGGACGAAGAAAAGCUUAACCAUAGAAUUCCACAUCGAUUUGAACCGAUUACCAAUAUUGGCGCAAACUGGUGCUGCCAUUGUGGCUAUAUGCUUCCUCUUGGUUCUAAAGGAGCGAAAAAGUGUUCAGAAUGUGGUGUCACCUGUCAUACAAAGUGUCAACACUUUAUUCCUGACUUUUGUGGGCUCUCUAUGGAGAUGGCUAAUCAGAUGCUAGCAGAGAUCAAAGCGGCUAAUAAACGCAAGACCUUGGAAGCAGCAGUAACCCCUUCAAGUUCAUCAACGACCAAUAAACCCAAACGUGCUUCGAAUGAACCUCCUGUGGACGAUUUGUCUCAUCUAUCCCUAAAUCAGCAAAAGCCUCUCCCACAACAACCAUCGACGCCUCCUACCCAACAACGCCCUCCUACGACACCUUCACAUACCGUUGGAAGGCCCCAGCAACCACCUACUUUACCAGUACACGCUCCAGUUUAUCCGCUACAGACAAAUGAUCCUCGUUAUCAUCAAGGUAGACCUGGAGGGGGCUCACCUCAAAUGCGUCCAAUGUACGUACAACAACAGCCUUCACCGCAAGUGGAUCUAAUGCCAAAGCCAAUGACGCCUCCAAAACAGCAAAUGCAACCUCGCCCUAAUGAAAGACGUGUGACAUUAAACGACUUCAACUUUUUGUAUGUGCUUGGUAAAGGUAACUUUGGCAAGGUCAUGUUGGCAGAAGACAAGUAUGACAAAAAGCUCUAUGCUGUUAAAGUACUGAAAAAAAGAUUUAUUAUCGACAAUGAUGAAAUCGAAAGCGUCCGUUCUGAAAAGCGUAUCUUUUUAGCUGCUAAUCGUGAGAAACAUCCUUUCUUGAUCGGCCUACAAUCAUGCUUCCAGACCGAGAGCCGUGUUUACUUUGUGAUGGAGUAUGUGAGCGGUGGUGAUUUGAUGUGGCAUAUUCAACGCGAACCAUUCUCUGAACGACGAGCAAAGUUCUAUGCUUGUGAAGUUCUUUUGGCACUUGAAUAUUUCCACACCCAAGGUAUUAUUUAUCGAGAUUUGAAACUGGAUAACAUCAUGUUGGGAUUGGACGGACAUAUCAAGGUGGCAGACUAUGGUCUUUGUAAAGAAAACAUGUGGUACGGCAACACAACAGGUACUUUCUGUGGUACACCUGAAUUUAUGGCACCUGAAAUCUUGCUGGAACAGAAAUACGGUCGUGCGGUCGACUGGUGGGCAUUUGGUGUCUUGGUGUAUGAAAUGUUGUUGGGACAAUCACCCUUCAGAGGUGAAGAUGAAGAUGAAAUAUUUGAUGCAAUUUUAGAAGAUGAAAUUUUAUAUCCAGUCAACAUGUCGAGAGAUUCUGUUUCGAUUUGUCAAAGAUUACUGACGCGAGAUCCAAAGAAGAGAUUGGGUGCUGGCCCAUCCGACGCUGCAGAGAUUAAAGAACAUCCAUUCUUCCAUGGCGUCAACUGGGAAGAUAUGCUCGCCAAACGUGUUCCUCCUCCAUUCUGCCCUACGAUCAAUGGACCAUUGGAUACAUCAAACUUUGAUGAAGAAUUUACUCGUGAACGUCCAGCGUUGACUCCUAUCAAUAAUCCAUUAUCUCGUGUCGAGCAACAAGAGUUUCAAAACUUUUCUUAUAUUGCUGAUUGGUCACAAAACACGUCUAACUGGUAA